CAGAAAUUUGCAAUAUUAUAUAAUAGAUGAGAAACUUGACUUCAAAUAUUUGAGACAUAAAAUAAAAUAUAAAAGUAGUGUUUAAUCCAGAGUUUCAAAGUGGAAGGUAAAGUAUCAUGCAGAAUGGCAGAAUAUGGAUGGGCCUUAUCAGAGGUCACCCAAGUCAAAGCAAAGCACGAAUUAAAUGAAGAUCCAGAUCAAAGAAUAGCUGCUGUUCAAGCAGUGAGAAAACUUAUACCUUCUCAAUCAGAAAUUGCAUUUCUUAGAUCUGAUGAUGCUUUUAUACUUCGCUUUUUAAGAGCUCGUAAAUUUGAUGUCACUCUUGCCUUCAAUCUUUACAUACAAUAUUUUCAAUAUCGUCAGAGAAAUAAAUCUCUAUUUAGAAGUUUUAAUGCCUCAGAAACUGGAAUUAAGCAAGCCUUACUGGAUGGCUUUCCAGGGGUUCUCCCUCAGCCAGAUCAACACGGGCGUCGAAUUCUAAUCAUUUUUACUGCUAAUUGGGACCACUGGCGGUACAGUUUAGUUUCCAUAUAUCGUGCUAUUCUAUUAUCUUUAGAGCGUUUGCUUGAAGAAGAAGAAACUCAAGUAAAUGGUUUUGUUAUAAUUGUUGAUUGGACUGAAUUUAGCUUCAAACAAUCAUCUCAUUUAAAUCCAAAAUUGCUCAAACUCAUUAUAGAAGGAUUACAGAUCUUUAUGCAUGGGAACAACAUGACCACUCUGCAUAGUCACAUUCAUCGUGAUAUUUUGCCUGCAGAACUUGGAGGAUCGGGACCACCUUAUAAUAACGAGUUUUGGGCUAAACAGUUGAUAGGAGAUGAAAAUUUUAGUUUUAGUGACAAGCACAUUUUUUGGCCUAGACAUAAUGAAGAACCAUGUUCCAAUUCUUCUCCAAUUAGGGCCCAUCGAUCAGAAACGUGCCCAACCAAACUACACAGAGAACAACAUGGACGACCUUCAAUUACUGAACUUGAUGAAGAUUUUUUUCUAUCUGAAUGACAUUAUUGUUAAUUAGUAUGUAAUAUAAGUUGUUAUAAUUAAAUUGAAAAGCUUAUUUCUAGAUAUUUAAUUCAUAAUAUAUUUGAAUAUAUAAAUAUAUACAUAAAACAUUGAAAAUAUAUAUUUUACAUAUUUAUAAUUUAAUUUAAUUUGAAUUUUAUGAAAAAAUUUAAUUGGCUCAAUGUGAAUGCAACAUGUGUAAUGUUUGAGAAGGAAAGUCUAUAUAUAUAUAUGUAUUUGAGGUGGCUGCAAAAUUUAAAAAUUCAUUAAGUAUUUCUGAUGUGACAGAAAGAAUACUUUGAUAGAAUAUGCCAUUUGAAUUAAUGUAAUGCUUUUCAAAGAAACUUUUGCAUUCAUCUUAUAUAUUUUAUAUAAAAUAUAACUAAUGAAUUAACUAUGUGAUUAUUAACCAAAUUAAUUGCAAAUAUAAUGAUGCAAAUAAAUACUGCCCAAAAAAA